ACCAUGAGCGCAAUCGAGGCUUUGUACAUGUUUGAUGAGCACAACACACCUCUCCUCGAACACACAUAUCUCAACCGCCCACCCUCGUCAUCCGUCCUCCUUCCGCUCUACCUCGCACAUCCUGCCCCACGCCCCCCGUUGAUCUACCUGCCCAACACCAAUCCGCCAACCUUGUUAUACAGCAUAAUACAAGAUCAACUGCUCUUCCUCUGUCCAGCCUCAGCAGACACCGACCCACUCGCCGUCCUCUCUUUCCUCCACCGCCUUACCGACGUACUCGAGGACUUUCUAGGAUCACCUCUGAUAGCGAGUAAGAUUGAGGGAAACUAUGAUGUUGUUGCACAGCUACUCAGUGAGAUGGUUGAUGGAGGCAUCAUCGCGAACACAGAGCCAAACGCAUUGAGAGAUGUGGUUGAAGCGCCGAAUCUACUCAAGAGCCUGCUAGGAGGUGUGGGAUUGCCGUCUUCGACGCCCAGUUCGCUGGCUCCGUCUUCCGCUGGCUUUGGCUUGGGGGGAAGGCCGAGCCCCAGGUUAGGUCCAUCACAAACUUCAAGCCAAACAAGCUCGCCAGUGCCAUGGAGGAGAGCGAAUGUCAGGCAUACCAGCAACGAGAUGUACGUUGAUAUCGUCGAGACGCUCCAAGUCACCCUAUCACCUUCUGGUCGCCCUCUAGCCGCAAUGGCAAACGGUACCAUCGCCUUUACGGCAAAGGUCUCUGGGAUCCCAGACCUACUCUUACAACUGGGUUGCUCGGGUGGGAUACAAAACGCCGUCUCGCUCCCUGUCUUCCACCCCUGUGUCAGACUCAAUCAGUGGAAAGCCCGGCCAGGCGAGCUAUCCUUUGUACCGCCGGAUGGCCGCUUCGUCCUGGCGGGAUAUGAAGUUGAUCUCCUGGGUUCUGCUGCUCUGGACGCCUUCUCGACAGACAAAAAAGCGAAGAAUGCAAGUCCACAACUCAACAUACCCGCUACCGUAUCCGUCCACCCAUCGCUCGGCUCAAGCGGCUCCGACUUCGAAGUCAAACUCCAACUUAACCCUCGCUUCACCGGCAAAUCCCACGCAUCAUCCCAACCUAGCGCCGGACGAAGCGGCCUUGGACGCACAUCCUCGCAGACAGGUACAACCGCCGCACCCGUAAUCGAAGAAAUGCUCAUCCACAUCCCUCUCCCCUCUACCGUCAAGAAUAUCAUCGACAUGCGCGUCGCACGCGGUACGGGCGACGCAGGAUACGCGCCUGGCGACCGAGCUAUAGAAUGGCGCAUCAGCAGUCGCGAGAUAAGUAGUCUAAUGUCCCAAGACCGCGGUGGGGGUAUCGGCGCUACAGCUACACUCCGCGGCACAGUAAUAGGGCAAGACGACCCGUCUUCUGAAGACGCGCUUGACGUAGGCGGUCCUGUCUCCUUCUCUACAUCUACAUACGACUACAACGAUGACGAUGCAUCAACUCUCGUCUCCUCCGCACCUGCUGCUUCGUCCAUGCUUCUAAAGUCCGCCGAUGCAGACGCAAAGAUAAAGCAGGCGAACAAAGUCCUCAUGCCCAGUUGCGCAACCCUCAGUUUCUCGGUCAAGGGCUGGUUACCGAGUGGCAUUCGCGUAGAAAGCCUCAAUGUCGACCAGAAGAGGAGCAAAGGAUUGGGCAGUGGUGUGACGCCGUACAAGGGAGUCAAGUAUCUGUGUGUUAGUCGCAAGGGGGUUGAGUGCCGCUGCUAAGAGAGCGAAAUGAUAUGACAUGAUGACUAGACUCGAACACCCAAAGCUUGCUCGGCAAGAGACAGUAGAUCAGAAUAUGAAAUAAUGUCACACAAAAAGUCACA